UCACGAUCAUGAUUAGAAUUGAUGAUCGGACGUUUUGAUUUCAAUUUCUUGCCAGGGGAUUCGUCAAGAAAUCUACUAAAUUCCAGUGGCCGUUGUUGUCCGCAUAAAGGAAGAUCUGAGAGGUGUAACCUAACAAAGAGGAACUCUUGAGGUUUUUGACAUCCUUAAUACAGUCAGAUUCUUCUUGAAGACAUCUUAUUUGAGCAGUCACAGGUGGUCAUGAGGGCUGAAUGCUUGUGUGAAUAGACUGACACAACUUUGCUCUUGUGCCGUAUGUUGAGUGUGAACCAGUCGCUCAUUCUGUGGUGAGGCGUCUCCUGCUGUCUCACAGCGUCCUGCAGAGGGAUGGAAAAAUGGCUGGAGAAGAGGAGCAUUCAUACUAUGAACCUGCGAUCAGUGUUUACUGCCGAACAACAGAGAAUCCUGGAGCACUACUAUGAGAAUGGUAUGACCAAUCAGAGCAAAAGCUGCUUCCAGCUCAUUCUACAGUGCGCUCAAGAGACCAAACUCGACUUCAGUGUGGUUAGAACAUGGGUAGGAAACAAGAGACGGAAGCUGGCAUCUAAAGCAGAUCAUAACGGAGUCACUGCUCAAGGUUUGUCCAACCACCAUGCUCUGUCUGCAGCUGCUGGCACACAUGUUGCAGGAUCUAUGCUAACAGCAGAGAUGGCGGCUGCACGGAGCGUUCAACGUGGCCCCUCUGUGACACACCUCCUCCCUCCACAGGUAUCGUGCUCCUCCUCUUCCUCUUCGCCAUCAUCUUCCUCGCUGCUCAGCAGUAGAAGUGGUCCCCAUGGCAGAAGCGACGUCCUUUUGACGGGCGUUUACUCUAUGAUGCGGAACGCGAACCGUUUAGAUCAUUCCGCUCACAACAGGAUGAAAUCGUUUCCCUUACACACUGAAAUUGAGCUGCUCACUCACACGGACCCUGCAGCUCAUCACACCACCAUUGCAGCCAUGCAACGCAAAGCCCCUGUAAUUCCCACCAGCAGCGCACUCAAAUGCAGCCAGAUACCCUUCGCUCCUAGAGACUCUGUUGGAAUCUCGCCCAGUUGGGCCAACCAACCUCAGACAUGGCCACAUACCUCACUGCAAAAAAACACAGCUGCUCAUCGCAGUCCUCAAAGAACUACUGCAGACAACAGUGCUCAGAUACAGCACGUUUUGUCUCUGGCGGCAUUAGGGGAUGUGUCAACACGGCCGCUCUCGGGAACCAGUCACCACAGACAGAUGAGUAAAAAGCAUGUUGAUGUGUCACAGAUCUUCUCGAUUGCCAUGGAAACAGGCAACGCUGAUGAUGAGUACUCGAGAGAGGAGGAGUUGGCAAAUAUGGGCGCACAGUUGCAGUGCAGUAAAGGCAAUAUUAGCUCAGCGGACAGUAGGCGGAGCUCCAGUGUAGGUGCGUCUUCCUUAAUUGACAGUGUGGGAUUAAUGGUGAGGAGCCAAUCAGCUGCUGCGGUUAAUGCAUCAAACUCUGUUCUCUUUGGAGAUAAAGGAUGUCAAACCAACAGCUCAUUACUGAUCGGUACAUCCUCCCAUGGCAGCUUUCCACUGCGACUAAUCGCACAGACAUCUUCCAGAUUUCACAGUUUCAAGGUAACCAGUAAUGUGUCAGUGCCCUGGCUUCAUAGCAACUCCCGGAAAAGAACGAUGCAGGACAGGACUCAGUUUAGUGACAGAGACGUGUUCACGCUGAAGAGAUACUGGGACAACGGCAUGACGAGCCUCGGUUCUGUGUGCAGAGAAAAGAUUGUAGCCGCAGCCAAUGAACUCCGUGUCGACACAGAAAUUAUCAAGACAUGGAUCGGUAACCGCAGAAGGAAGUACCGUUUGAUGGGCAUUGAAAUACCUCCACCUAAAGUUGGUCCAGCCGUGUUCUCCAAUCAAACUGAAGGCUGCACUCCUACCACGCUUGAAGACAGGUGUCACACUCCUGCACUCGCAGACGGCAGCGAACACUAUGCCGAGUCGCUCUGUUUGUCUGAUGAUGGAGGCAGUGAUUUGUUUCAGAAAGACGAUAAUGUAAAGGAAGGAUUAGACCGUUUCACUGCUAAAAAUGUGAAGAUUGAAAUCAUGGAUAAUGAAGAUGAUGAUGAUGGUGAUGACAUGUUGACCACUGAGUUGGAGCAGAUGCAGAGCCUCUUAGAGUUCAAGAAUGAGGAAGUGCAGUUCCUGGAGAACAAGCUGCAGAACCAAAAGCAAAAGUUCUCAAAACUGAAGAGCUUCACUAAAAGCCUGCUGAAAGCUGUGAAGAACAAGGACAGAGACAAACAGCAGGAGCUGUUAGCCAGUCUACCUCAGAAAGGGCAUGAGGACUGGGGUCUGGGCCUGGAGAACCAAACAGAGUCUGCUGUAGAGACCACGCCCAUCCAGACAGAGUCUACUGUAUCAGAGCGAGAUGCAGACACCGAGCCGAUGAGACUGUAACCUCGUCUCCUGUUACACAUGCCACACAGUGCCUGUGGAAACUCACCAAUAACUCUAAUGGACCCAAAAGCCAUUUUUCUCCAGCAUAUUAGACUGCCUUGGCUGGGUCCAGUCCUUUAAAAAUAAAUGCCACUGAAUCAACA